AUUGGCACGACUGCGAUUGUCAACCUAUGAUUGCCCUUGCCACACAUCUAAUAAUGAGGGAGGCUCCAUCGAGCUGGCCCCUGGAUUGGCCGUGGCCGCCAGGGAAAACUCCAAGAUGGCCCGAAUGGACGCCGACAUGCUGCCAAGAUGGCCCAAGAGAUCCCCGUGAGGCCCCGUUGUGCGUUCCCAGAUGCCCCCUCCCCCCCCCAGUGAAUCCCCUGGAGGUCCCAGGAGGCUCUUCCAACGGAGAUACCGGCAGCCCCUCCUGGUCGACCCGACGGGGGGGCGGGGAUGGGACACCAGGGCAAAAAGGGGGGAGCAUCGAGGGGGUCACAACAAGCAUCCCUCCUCAGGACAUUGACCUCGAAGAUGAGGACCUUAUCGACGAGUCAGAUCUCCAGGAAACGGGCGAACCGGCCGUUCAGAAGAAGAGGGAGGUCACCGCCGAGACCGCAGAGCACAUAUUUCUCAAUGUUAAGAACGUCGGCGAAGCUAUGGUGCAUUCGUUUUGGCGUGUCCCAGAUGGUCCGGAUGCGGGAUCAGAGAGGUAUUUUGGGGACAUACUUCCAGGCGCAGAGAAGCAGUACUACACCUUAGCGCAUCAGACUUGGGUGGUCCGUGAAGGGGCCACUCCAGACUCAAAGCUGGUCAGGACAAUCCUCACCCGCGAUUCGCCAAAGAGGCAAGAUUACACAGUUGGUGGCCCUGACGACGGUGCCGCUGACGACCCAGGUGAGAGUCUUGACGAUAUUGAUCUUGAAGAUAUCGAUCUUGAGGACGAUGAACCAAAGGAGGAGUUGUGA